AAACUAAACAUAAAAUUUAAUAAAUUCCUUUGAUUCUUGAAAGAAAAUGUGGCCGAGAUUCGGUAUUAAAAUUGGGAACAGCACCUUGUGCAUUGCACACGUUAAGGCGGAUGGGAAACCUGAAGUAAUUGCGAACAAGCAAGGUGAUCGCAAUUCGCAAGCAUGCCUUCUUUGGGAUGGCGAGGAAGAAAUCGAAUGUGGCUUGACUGCUAAACAAAAAAUGGCUACACGUCCGAAGCAAGCUGUAGCCAAUAGUUUCCAAUUAUUAAUGCCACGAGACUUGGAUGAGGAAAGACUCACAACAGCAGUUAAGGAGCUGCCAUGUGAUUAUGAUGCUCUCAGUCAUACUUUCCAGUUGAAAUGUCAGAUACAAGAUGAUAAAAGCGAUGAAGUAAAGGAAAAUGUACGAGAAUUAACGCCAUUCGAUGUACAGGUAGCACUCUUUCGGGCGGAACUGGAGCUAGCACGUCAAUAUCAUAACGGUGCUGAAAAAGACCCCAUCGUAGUGCUAUCGAUACCAAGUUAUUAUCCCAACACUGCUUGGCCGGAAUUAGCGCUUGCGGCGAAAGAGGCAGGAUUUCAUGUAGCGCAGGUUAUAACAGAGCCAACUGCUGCAAUACUUGCUUACGGUGUAGGCGAGCAAGACGCAUCCGAAAGCAAUACAAAUGGCGAUAAUGCGGACAAAACGCAAUACGUGCUAACUAUUAAAUGUGGUGGUUUGAACAGUCAUUUUGCAUUAUAUGCAGUGAGGGACGGCCUCUACACGCAGUUAGACUCUUAUGGACCUUUUCCUAUCGGUGGGCAGCAUUACACAGAUGCGUUAGUGCAAUUCAUUUGCGAGGAAUUUAAGAAAAAACACAAAUUAGAUCCGCAUGAAAGUCGGCGGUCUUUGGCAAAGAUACGCAAUGCGGCUUCCAACUGCAAGCACAUAUUAACAACUCUUCCCUCAACCCAAAUAUAUAUCGAUUCACUAAUGGACGGUGUGGACUUCAAUGCUCAGAUGUCACGGGCACGUUUUGAAAGCCUUAUUCAGCCGGUAAUUAACAAUUUUAUGCAGACAUUGAAUGAUUGCGUUGAGCGGGCUACGGCGGAACACAGCGAAGUAAAAGGUAUCAACUCAAUUGUGCUACUGGGUGCAACAAUGCGUAUCCCGAAACUGCAAUCUGUUAUUGCAACAAGAUUCCCAGAUGCGCAGUUACAUUCGACAAUUUCUGCGGACGAGGUAGUUGCUAUAGGAUGUGCACGACAAGCAACUUUCCUUCAUGCCCCAUUGGAGCAAGACUUACUUGCGACAGAAGAACGAAUUUACGUGGAAGAGGACUUGCUGAUUUGGCACGGAAAUGAUGAAUCAAACGCGCAAAUACUUGUUGGCAAGGGAACAUCGCUGCCGCGUAAAGUACAGCUCGAGCUAAAGCAAGCCCAGGGGUCAGAGGGAGGCAGCGUCAUCCGUGUGAGAGCUGGUGGAGAAGUUAACGAAGUGCCUUUAGAAGGUGCUACACCCGCAGAUAAUGGCACCUACCGCAUUGAGGCAGAUAUCGAUUGCAAGCAGGUAGGCGCUGAGACCAUUCGAAAACCUCAAUUGCGGAUAAGGGUACUUUAAAAAUUUUCAGCAUGCUUUAGAAAUCAUUUAUAUUAAAAUUUGCUUAGUAUAUUAUUUGUGUUAUUGAAUUGUGGAAUUUUAUUAAAGAAAACAUUU